GGUUUAACGGACCGUCAAAGUGUUCUGUGAUUUUUAACGCAGCAGAAAGUUUAAUUCCAUUUGGAUUGAAUUGUUGGGAUAUCAAAGGGUGGUAUGUAUCUUUGAACUGUUAGUUGUGCCUUCUUCUUCUGAGCAUUGCACCACUAAAUUCUGAAGAUUGGAUAAUAUUUGUAGUUCGAAAGAUUAUUUGUAGUGGAUAUUGAAGGCGUAUAAUACAUGCAACAAAUAAUAUAAUAUCAGUUGUUCUAGAAAGCAAAAAAGUGUGGUUGCACUCUUCCAUCCACUUCAGAUGGAAUUUCCAGAUGGCCAGGAAUAUCAGGUUGAUGUUAGGACGAUUACUGCAAGCAGUUCAGCCGAGUUACAGCCACACCUAUCGCUGUCUAAGUCUCUCUCCUAAUCAUCCCAAGAGCAUCAAGGAAGUGUCUCGUGUUGGCAUUGACAAAAAAGAAAUGGAAAGACCUUUAACGGAAGGUACUGUGGGUGGUUCGGGAUGGGUCCCAGUCAGUUUGUUGAAUUUUUAUAAUCGUUUACCGACAGUGGAAAUAUUUAAACAACAUUUCGAUGGUAUACCUUUCGAGGAGCUCCCAAUUGUGCAUGUCAAAGCAUCAAGGAACAACACACUGAUUACUGUCACUGAUCACAAAUAUAAUAUUAUAACCUACACUUCUUGUCGUUUGGAAGGAUUCAAAAAUGCGCGGAAAAAGACCAACAUUGCUGGCCAAACAACGGGUGUCGCAGCUGGACAACGACUUAUUAGGCGAGGGAUUCGAACAGUUCGCGUGCUGAUCCGAGGACUUGGGCCAGGACGAAUGACUUCCAUACAAGGUAUGGCCACUGCUGGUGUUAAAAUUGUUUCUAUAACCGAACAAUCAGCGCUUCCUGAGCUUGGACCAAGACCAAAGAAAAUCCCUAGAAUCUAAAUACAUCUUUUUUUCGUGCAUGAUUUCAUGAAUAUGGUUAUAAUUUCCUGUCGUAGUACUUCGAUAAAUAUAGGGAACACGUUCAUACACAAAGAAUUUGCAAUAUUUCAAAGU